AUAAAGAAAUAAAGAGGGGAAAAAAAGAAAGAAAAGAAAAAUAAGAAGCGCGUGCCUGACGGCAAUGCAUGAUGGGUAAUCGGCUAUGGCGAUUGCGACGAUGACACGCACCCCCAUUUGACGGGGCAAAAGCCUAAUUCAUGAACCCAACAAGUCCAAAUACCCCCACACGCCCCCUCUUGUAAUUAUAGUCUCCCAAACUCGCCAUGCCUUGCACUUACAAGCCCUAAUUCCUAGCCCACCAAAAUCCCAAAACCAAAUAUUUUUUCUUCGUUUUCUUCGUCACUCUCUCCCGACGGCACCUGACAAUCACUUUCCGGCGUUCACCAAUUCCCUGAUGGGUCAGUCCCCUUCUACCUUUGGGUCAUCUUCUUCUUCGCCCGACCCGAAUCCUCGUCGAGACGUCUCUUUAAGCCGGCGAUUUAGCUUCCGAUCUUCGUCGGUGAUUUCUUCCGUCGUCGAACGGCGUGAAGAUGUCGAGGUUUUGGAAGAUUUCUCCGACGGCCGUGAUUACACCGCUGAUAUUCCCGAUGAGUGUUUGGCCAGCAUUUUUUAUUUCCUCAGCUCCGGCGACCGGAAAAGGUGCUCGCUUGUUUGCCGUAGAUGGCUUCGAGUCGAUGGACAAAACCGGUUUCGGCUUGUUCUGAAUGCUAAGUCUGAAAUAAUUAAUUCCCUUCCUUCUUUGUUUUCCCGAUUUGAUUCCGUGACUAAACUCGUUCUUCGAUGUGAGCGCAAAUUGACCAGUGUCGACGAUGAUACGUUUGUUUUGAUCUCGAUUCGUUGCCCAAACCUCAGUCGGCUUAAGCUCCGUGGUUGCAGAGAUAUCACCGAUGACGGAAUGGAAAUCUUUGCUCGGAACUGUAAGGGUUUGAAGAAGCUCUCCUGUGGGUCUUGCGUGUUCGGUGCUAAAGGAAUGAACGCAGUGCUAGAACACUGCACGGCUCUUGAGGAGCUCUCGGUGAAGCGGCUCCGAGGUAUCCAUGACAGCUUCGAGCCGAUUGUCCCUGGCUCGGCGGGUUCGGCUUUGAAAUCUGUCUGUUUGAAGGAGCUGAUGAACGGUCAGUGCUUUGGACCGAUUUUGGUCGGUUCGGGAAAGCUUAAAACUCUGAAGCUGAUUCGUUGCUUAGGAGAUUGGGAUAAAGUGCUGGAAAACGUUGGAGAUAAAAACUCAGGUUUGACUGAGAUCCACCUGGAGAGGCUACAGAUUAGCGAUUUGGGACUUUCGGCGAUUUCGAAAUGUUAUGGUCUGGAGGUAUUACGCAUUGUCAAGAAUCCAGAUUGUUCGAAUUCUGGGCUGCUAAGUGUUGCCGAACGCUGCAAGCUGCUGAGGAAGCUUCACAUCGAUGGAUGGAGGACUAAUAGAAUUGGUGAUGAGGGUCUGAUUGCUGUAGCAAAACAAUGUUUGAAUCUACAAGAGCUUGUUCUGAUUGGUGUCAAUCCCACCUCAUUGAGUUUGGCGGCGAUCGCUUCCAAUUGCCAAACAUUGGAAAGGUUGGCGAUCUGCGGCAGUGGGUCUGUUGGCGAUGCAGAAAUUGCCUGCAUUGCUGCGAAAUGCGUGGCUUUGAAAAAGCUGUGCAUCAAGGGAUGCCCUAUUUCCGAUGUUGGCAUCGAAACGCUUGCUUUGGGUUGCCCCAAUUUGGCUAAGAUCAAGGUGAAGAAGUGCAGGGGAGUGAGUGGUGGGAUUGCAGAAUGGUUGCGAGAACGAAGAGGGUCGUUGUCUGUCCACUGGGAUGACGGUGAUAUUGAAGCAUUGGAUGCAAGCAGUAGUGAUAUUCGAGGAGUUCAAGGAAGUGGUACGGAGUUUCACCCCAUUGUUAGCCAAGCAACUGGUGCUGAUGUUCCAUCAGGUAGUAAUGGUCCAAUGACGUUGUUUAGGACAAAGUUUGGUUUUUUUGCAUGUAGGAAGUUAGUUCCGUGCACCUUUAGGAGGUGGCCAAACAGUGAGGAUAGUUUCAAUGGCAACCAAUGAACGUCUGUGUGAGAGCAGGAGUACAAAAAGCUAUGUUGCUCUUACAAUUAAGUUGUUUCUAGAUUAAGUUGAAUUCUUUUGUGUAUUAUUGCCUUUUACUGGCUUCUUUAAUAUAUGAUUAUGCCAUGGAUUUUUAUCUGCAAAUUGCAAUUGAAUGGCUGAGGAAUUCUGGCCUACAAAGAAAUUUUUUGUUGUUGCUAAAUUACAUCUAAUAAAUAUAUCAACUUUUGCACUUU